AACUCUUAUAUAUACACACACGGUCUUCAUGCACAUGUUUGUGUUAUCAUCUGUGUAUAUACAUAUAUGUCUUCUUUCAUGGCUGUUUCUCUCGUAGAUUAACAUGGAGAGACAAUUCAUCAACUCAGUGACUCGUUUUCGUGUGACUCAGCUUCUCCUCAUCACCACCACCUUGUUAGCUCUCUGUACCACCACAUGGUUUGGGGUCGGAGCCGCCACAGACCAAGAGCUUGUAAGAGGCUUCAAGGCCACUCCAGACCAUUCAAUCUCAUCUUUUCAAGCUCUACUAAGGGAUUCCGCUGGGAACUACUCACUGGGUUUCCUCCGAGUCAACCGAACCGAACUGAGUCUAGCGGUUGUCCACGUUCCAUCCUCUGAACCUCUAUGGUUCGCCAACAUGACCCGCUUGGCAAGAUGGUCUGACUCGACUCAGCUUUUCUUCAAUGGCAGUCUUGUAGUUUCUGAUCCACAAACGAAGGUAUUUUGGUCAAGUAACACCAACGGUGACCGUGUUUGGCUCUCCAACACCUCCAAUCUCGAAAUCCAAAAGCUUGAUGGGUCUCACACCAUUCUGUGGCAAAGUUUUCAGUUUCCCACAGAUACCCUUGUGGAGAACCAGAAUUUUACUAGUGCCAUGUCACUGGUUUCUUCAAAUGGGCUCUAUUCUAUGCGGUUAGGAUCCGAUUUUAUGGGGUUAUACGCAAAGUUCAAUGGUGACUCGGGUUCGGAUCAGAUUUAUUGCAAGCACAAAGCUUUAGAAGCAAAGGCAGAUAUAAUUGAAGGCCAACCCAUUUAUGCUUUACUCAAUCCGAAUGGGUACCUGGGUAUGUAUCAAAACGGGUCAGCCCCGGUUGAUGUUCAAUCUUUCAACAGUUUUCAGCAAUCCGGAUCAGGGAUCCGACGUGUCCGGAUUGAACCGGAUGGGAAUUUAAAAGGGUAUUACUGGACCGGGUUCAGUUGGAUCUUAGACUACCAGGCAAUCUCAGAACCAUGUGAGUUACCAAGUUCAUGCGGGUCAUAUGGACUCUGCCAACCGGGUAAGGAUUGUUCUUGUCUAGACAACCGGACAGAGCAUAACUCCGGCGGGUGCAUCUCGCCGGAAAAUGGUAAUUCCGGUGACUUUUGCAGUGUGUAUGAUCAGAAGUACAAGGUCUUUAGAAGAAGUGGUGUGGAGUUACCGUAUAAAGAGCUAAUGGGAAGUCAAAAAAUGGCCUCUCUAGAGCGAUGUGAGAGUGCAUGUGAAUUGAAUUGCUCAUGCUGGGGUGCGGUGUACAAUAACAACUCUGGGUUCUGCUACAUGCUAGAUUAUCCCAUACAGACCCUAGUGGGUGUAGGGGAUUUGACUAAGGUAGGUUAUUUUAAGGUGAAGGAGGGUGUAGGGAAGAGAAAGAUGGAUGGGAGAUUAACGGUUGUGAUUGGGUUGUUGUGUGGGUUGGUUUUGUUGUUUGGUGGGGUUGUGGGGAUUGGGUUGUAUAGGAUUAGUAAGAGAAAGAGAGGAAUACGAGGUAUGUGGACGAGGAUGGUGGGGUAG